AUCCACAACGCCCUAAAUUCUUUGAUUCUUCCGAACGCCUCCCCAAAUCCAUGAAUGAAUCUCAGCUUCUAAUCCAAAAAUGAACGGCGUUUUCAGCUCCGCCGCCGUCCGUUUCCACAUCAGAAUGGUACGAGCCACCUCCGCCGUAGCAUCAGGUCAGUCCGUCCUCUCCUCAUUCGCUCUCUCAUUUUCCAGCCAACACAAAUCUCAAAAGCACAACAAAUUGAUUCCGAUUGUCUCCUCUUUCCUCUCUCAACACCCUCACCUCAAUUCUCACAUUGCCCUAAAUUCAUUAAAUUCCCCCAACUUCCAAACUUAUGCUGCUGUUUUGGGCGUUUUGGUCGAUUAUAAAUGGUUUGGCGAUGCUGAGGAAAUCCGCAUUUUAAUGGUUAAGUCAUGUGAGACGGAGGGGGAUGCGAGGCUGGCAUUGGCCAUUCUGCGCGAGAUGAAUGAUAACGGUUUUAGGAUUCAUCUUCUGUGUUACAACGUGCUAUUGAUGUCAUUGGCUCGAUUUGUGAUGAUUGAUGAUAUGAAGUCUGUUUACGAGGAGAUGUUGUUGGAGGAUAGAGUAUCGCCGAACGUGUAUACUUUUAAUACCAUGAUUAAUGCUUACUGUAAAUUGGGGGAUGUGAAGGAGGCAGAGCGUUAUUUAUGUAUGAUUCUUAAGGCUGGUCUAGAGCCGGACGCGCAUACUUUCACAUCGUUCAUUUUAGGACACUGUCGGACAAAGGAUGUUGAUAGUGCGACCAAAGUUUUCGUGAAUAUGGGUUGUCAAAGGAAUGAGGUUUCAUACAAUAAUUUGAUGCAUGGUUUGUGUGAAGUUGGGAGGGUGGAUGAGGCCAGGAAGCUUUUCUUGCAAAUGAAGGACGAUCACUGUUUUCCAAAUGUUCGAACAUACACUAUUUUAAUCGAUGCUUUGUGCAGUUCAGAUAGGAGGUUGGAUGCUUUGAGUUUGUUUGAGGAGAUGAAGGAGAAAGGCUGUGAGCCAAAUGUUCAUACUUAUACUGCAAUCAUUAAUGGUGCAUGUAGAGAUGGUAUGUUCGAUGAUGCAAGGAAACUACUUGGAACUAUGUUAGAUAACAGGUUGAUUCCUAGUGUAGUUACUUAUAAUGCUCUGAUUAAUGGGUAUUGCAAGAAGGGAAUGGUUGAUGCAGCAUUUGAGAUAUUUAACUUGAUGAAGUCAAACAACUCUACUCCAAAUGUACGCACAUACAAUGAAUUAAUUUCUGGAUUAUCUGAGCAGAAACAAGUGCACAAAGCAAUGGCUCUCCUUGGUAAGAUGCUGGAGCAAAAGCUUUCUCCUGAUCUUGUCACUUUUAACCUUUUAGUACAUGGACAAUGUAAGCAGGGGGACAUAGAUAGUGCUUUUCGCCUGCUUAGGUUGAUGGAAGAGAAUAGCAUUGUUCCUGAUCAGUGUACCUAUGGUCCUAUCAUUGUAGCUUUAUGUGACAAAGGGAGUGUUGACAAGGCGUUGGACAUAUUUGAAUCCCUCAAAGGGAUGGGAAUAAAAGCGAAUGAAGUUACAUAUACUGCUCUAAUUUCUGGAUUUUGUACUGCUGAAAAGGUGGACUUUGCCUUACAACUAUUCAGGAGAAUGUCCACUGAGGGUUGCCUACCAAACUCAUACACCUACAAUGUGGUAAUUAAGGGAUUGUGCAAGGUGAAUAAGCUAUCUGAAGCUUUAAUUUACUUGGAAAAAAUGUUGGACACUGGCAUGAAACCUACAAUAGUUACUUACUCAAUUAUCAUUGAGCAAAUGUUGAAAGAAUUUGAGUUUGACAGAGCUUAUAAAGUUUUGAACCAUAUGGUUGCUAUGGGGUGUAAACCUGAUGUCUGCACAUAUACUUCUUUCCUUCUUGCUUAUUGCAACCAAGGAAUGUUGAAAGAAGCUGAGGAUGUGAUGGCUAAAAUGAAAGAAGAAGAGGUCCGACCAGAUCUGAUGGCUUUCACUGUACUAAUUGAUGGAUAUGGGCGUUCGGGUUUUCUCGAUCUAGCUUUUAGUACCUUCAAGUCUAUGAUUGCUGCUGGAUGCGAACCAUCUGAUUAUACUUAUUCGGUUUUAAUUAAACAUCUUUCUCAAGAAAAGCUAGUCGACAGAAGGGAUGGAGUAGAUCAAGAAUUUAAGCCAAUUAGUGGCUCCAUUAAUAUUGCCGAUAUCUGGAAAAUUAUGGAGCAUGAUACUGCUUUUAAGCUUUUUGAGAAUAUGGAAAAGUAUGGCUGUGCACCAAAUAUAAAAACUUAUAAUGCACUCAUUACAGGACUUUGCAGAGAAAGACGCGUCGAAGAAGCCUGGAGGUUGGUUGAUCAUUUGAAACAGCGUGGGAUGUCUCUUAAUGAAGACAUGUAUAACAAACUAGUGGAUUGUUGCUGCAACUUGAAAAUGUACAAGGAAGCUGUGGAUUUAAUUAAUGUCAUGCUCACUCAUGAAUUAUUACCACAUAUAGAGUCCUAUAAAUUACUUGUUUGUGGGUUAUAUAAUGAGGGAAGUGAUGAGAAGGCUAAGGAAACCUUUUGUUGGCUGCUUCACUUUGGUUAUAAUUAUGAUGAGGUGGUGUGGAAGGUUUUGAUUGAUGGGUUAUUGAGGAGGGGCUUUGUAAAAGAAUGCUCUGAGCUAUUCAGUGUUAUGGAAACAAGUGGUUGCCCCCUUAAUCCUCAAACUCAUUCCAUGUUAAUUGAGGGUAUUCAUAACCAAAAAAGGAGGACAAGUAGCAUGGCUUUUUCGGGUUUUCCGGGAAUGGAGUGAAGUCGUUUUACCAUUAUAGGAAGAGGAUUUAUACCCAACUGAGAUGUCUACAAGCACCCAUCAAAAUAAGUAAACUGUUUGAUCACAUGAGUACAGUUGCACGUGAUCAGCAGGCCAGUAGUAAUAGCAUUUCUAAUUCACCCGAGAAGGGGGUGUGCAUGACAAGACUAAUUUGGGCUUCAUGUUGGAAAGAGUGACUGGUGCAUCAACUACAGUGAAAGGCCAUAAAAAAGGGAAGGAUCCUCAUGGUAUUAGAAUUAUUUCUCCAGAACUCUCAAUUUUGUCUUUUAUCUCUCUUCCAUGAAGAAGUUCUUACACUUGUGGCGUCUCUUCUUUAAAGGCUGAGCAGCGGAAUACUGUAAAAAUAGAAAUUAGCGAUGAUGAUGAUAAUUGUUAUGGGUGUAAUUAACUGAGCACCAAGUUUAGGCCCUUUAGGCCACAGCUGUGCACCGGUCACUGAAGAAUAAGGAAGAUGCUGACAUCCAAAUACCGGAAUAUGGCUCCAAAGAUAGGGAGUUGUGAACUCUAUAACCUUAGGGAUGGAGUGAAGUCGUUUUACCAAAAUAUGAAGAGAAUUUAUACCCAAGAGAGAUGUCUACAAGCACCCAUCAAGAAAAGGAAACUGUUUGAUCACAGUAGCACAGUUGCACAUGAUUGGCAGGCCAGUAGUAAUAGCGGGGAUGUGCAUGGACAAGAGUAAUUGGGGCAUCAUGUUGGAAAGAGUGGCGGGCGCAUCAACUCCAAUGGAAGGCCAUAAGAAAGGCAAGGAUCUUCAUGUGAAGUUCAUCAUUAAGUCCUUCAAGGUACCGGAAAUUUAUAUUGAAGUCCCUGAAGCCACUAGUGUUGGUUCUCUGAAGAGAACCUUGAUGGAGGCAAUUACUGCUAUUCCUGGAAAUGGAGUACGAGUUGGGGCAGUUCUUCAAGGGAAGAAAGUUCGAGAUGACAAAAGAACUUUGCAGCAGGCUGGUAAUUCUCAGAAUAGCGAUCUUGAACCUCUGGGUUUUACAUUGGAACCGAGUUUUGCAAGUAUUUGCUCUACCAUGACUCAAAAAACUUACCUCAGUAUUUCCACGAGAUGCAGACGAGGAGUUAAUGAGGUCUCCUGCCACUCCAAUGGUUGAUUCAGGGAUUUCAAAUGCCUCAGUAGAUCCCCCUUUUAUAAGUAGUUGAUGAUGGUGUGGUUACCAGUGAUUUAAAGCUUGAACUUUUCUAUUGUGGACUUCAUUUCUUGUUUUGUUCAAGUUACUUGAGUGUAUGAGCAUAUGAGGUUUGUAAAUAAUAGUAAUGCCUAAAAACUUAUUGAUUGUUUGAAAAAACAAAUAUUCAAUUGAGGUUAUCGGGUUAAAUUAAUGGGAAUUUUUACCGUUACUGUA